GUGAUCGAUAGGGCAAGAUCAAGUAAACGUGUUCUUUAAGAUUCAAAUACUUCGACACUUCCUACCAAAUCGCUUGUCCUUGCAAUUCUUUUUCAGUAUGUAAGGUUUGUUGUCGUCCAAGGACCUCAUUCAAGAACAAUCACAACGAGGUUUAUGAAAUUUUCACCACAGUGUGCUUGAUCAUGAAUCCUCAUCAUAACUCCAAUCAAGAUCCAACAAUUGCUUCCAUAGUUCAACAGGUUAACUCUCUCAUUUAUCAGCAAACGUACAAUGGUAGUGUUGGAGGAUUAUAUCCCAAUAACAGGACAAUUGAUGCUCCAUCUCGUUUCAUGAAUUUCUCUAAUCAGCCCAUUCCCUUGCGAAGUUCUACGGAUCAAUUCCCCAACGGUAUUGGUGGAUUCAAUCCACAGCACAAUUACAAUCCCUUUCCUCCAAACCAGUUUAAUUCUUCUCAACAACAUGGCCAGUUCUUUGCUAAUAACUCCAUGAAUCAUCCUGUAUACAACCAAAAUGUUGGUAGACAAUUCCAAUUACAAAACCCCAAUUAUGCCCAAUAUCCUCCUGGCAAUUUUCCGAUGUUCCAAAUCCAUAAUAAGAAUACAACGAGUCAUCAAAAUACUGGUUUUCCUGCAAAUCAGCAAUUUGGCAUGUCUAAUUUCGGUAGAAGCUCCUUUGAACAUGGUAAUCAAGGACAACAUAGAUUUCAUUCACCAACGAUGGAUGUCAAUUUGCCUAAUAUGGGUCAGCAAUUACAAGGGAACCAAUUUCAACCCAAUGCUUCUGUUUCAGUUCAAACACAGCAAUCACACAACUUCCAUUCUACUCCCAAUAAUUUACAGAACCACAUUUCUCAAGAUGUGGGACCCCAAAGUUGCAAUUUCCCCAUGAAUGACCCUAUUCAUCAUGGUAAUCAACAACAAAGAUUUGUUUCACAGCAAGGGAGCUUAUAUUCACCCCAUGCUUCUACUUCAGUCAAAGCACAUAAUCCUUCUCCUACAAUCACAAAUUUUAAGGACACAAAAGGAACUUUGUCUCAACCCAAGAACUUCACAGGAAAUAAAAAGAAUCACACUUCAUGUAAAGGCUCGAGUGUGUACAGAUAUAAAUCCCAGUUUCAGCAUGCAAAACAUGUCAAAAAUGGAAACAUGAAUAAAGAGGGUAAGAGCAAUGCUUCAGUAAAUUCGCAUCCUCGAAAUUCCACCAAUUUUAAAAAAAAAAAAGUAUGCUCUUUUAAUUACAUGGAUGAAGAAGUUAAGCAGUGGCGUGAGGAUCGUAAGAAGAACUAUCCCACAAGUGUGAAAAAAUCCAAGGAAGAAGAGACAUCCAUGUUACGUUGUAAGCCUCAAAUAACAAGUGAUAGCGGUCAUAUACGAAUAUGUACCUUGAAUGUAGGAAGAAUGGAUGAGAAUAAGUUGAUGCAACUAACCGAUGCAUUAAGAAAAAGGAAAGUAGACAUUGCUUGUAUACAAGAGACUAAGUGGAAGGGGGCGGAAACCACUGAGUGUAAUGGCUAUAAGUUGUGGUAUGCCAGUCUUGAGAACACUGUAAAUGGUGUAGGAGUCUUGCUAUCAAAGAAUCUUAUAGACAAUGUAGUAGAAGUUAGAAGAUGUUUCGAUAGGAUUAUAUCAAUUAAGGUAGUGGUAGAGGAAGAAGUAGUGCACGUUAUCUCUGCGUACGCACCACAUCCUACAUUGGAAGAGUCAAAAAAGAUGAGUUUUUGGGAAUCAUUAGAUGAUAUAGUAAAAGGAAUACCUAUGAAUGAAUGUAUAUUCUUAGGGGGAGACUUCAAUGGACAUAUAGGAAAAGAGGCGGAUGGGUAUGAGACAGUGCACGGUGGUUUAGGACAUGGCACUAGGAACGAAGAGGGACACAGGCUGCUAGGGUUUGCAACUGCACACGAUUUGGUGGUCUCAAACUCCUUUUUUAAAAAGAAGGAUGCGCAUUUAAUUACCUUUCAGACUGAGAGUGAGGGGAAAAACACUCAAAAUGACUACCUUCUUUUGCGGAAACGACACCUUGGCGCGUGCAUAGAUUGCAAGGUGUUAACGGGGGAGAUUUGCAUUUCGGAACACAGACUGUUGAUCAUGGAAAUAUACAUGAGCAUGAUAAAGCACAUUGCAAGAGAGGAAAUAAAAGAAUUACAUGCAAAACAAGCUCAAUUGGCUUGUGAAGUUGCCGAUCUAUCUAUUCCUCUUCCAAAAAGGCCUCAUCUCAAAGGCCAAGUACGAAUAUGCACCAUAAAUGUUGGAACAUUGAAUGAUAAGUUAUUGAAAUUGACAAAUGCAUUAAGAAAAAGGAAAGUGGACAUCGCAUGCAUACAAGAAACCAAGUGGAAGGAGGAGGAAGCUACACUCGAGUGUAACGGCAGUAGAAAGAAAGAUGGUGAACAUCGACCACAUCCCACGCUAGAAGAUUCGAUAAAGAGGAGUUUUUGGGAAUCAUUAGAUGAUAUAGUAAAAGGUAUACCUAUCAAUGAAUGUAUAUUCUUAGGGGGAGACUUCAAUGGACAUAUAGGAAAAAAGGCCGAUGGAUAUGAGACAGUGCACGGUGGUUUUGGAUUUGGUACUAGGAACGAUGAGGGACAUAGGUUACUAGAGUUUGCAACUGCACACGAUUUGGUGGUUGCAAACUCCUUUUUUAAAAAGAGGGAUGCGCAUUUGAUUACCUUUCAUAGUGAAGGGUGUAAUAGUCAAAAUGACUACCUCCUUUUGCGAAAAUGGGACCGUAAGGCGUGUAUUGAUUGCAAGGCGUUACCGGGAGAGACGAGUGCUUCGCAACACAAGUUGUUGGUCAUGGACUUAUACAUGAGCAUGAAAAAGCGCAUUAAGAGAAACCCUAAUAGGAUAAAACACAAAAAAGAACAGUUGAAAAAGGGAAAGCUCCAUAACAAAAGAGGAAAAACAUUUCAAAAUGAUCGAAUCACCAAGAAAGCAAAGAUCAGAUAAUCCCAACUAACAACCCUAACAAGCCAAACAUCAUUUCUGUUGAUGUAAUUGCAUUCGUGUUUGUAAUUUCUUGUGAAAUAUUACUGUUAUUUUGACCAAAAGUAGAGAAUGUGUUCUUUUGUUCUUUUUAUUUUAAUUUCACAUUUACAAGGAUUAUUAAUGACAAACAUCUUUUAUUCGAUAUUAUUCCAGUCCUCUUAAUUU